AUGAACCGGAAAGCGCGGCGCUGCCUGGGCCACCUCUUUCUCAGCCUGGGCAUGGUCUACCUCCGGAUCGGUGGCUUCUCCUCCGUGGUCGCUCUGGGCGCGAGCAUCAUCUGUAAUAAGAUUCCUGGCCUGGCUCCCAGACAGCGGGCGAUCUGCCAGAGCCGGCCCGACGCCAUUAUCGUCAUUGGAGAAGGAUCCCAAAUGGGCCUGGACGAGUGUCAGUUUCAGUUCCGCAAUGGCCGCUGGAACUGCUCGGCGCUGGGCGAGCGCACCGUCUUCGGCAAGGAGCUCAAAGUGGGGAGCCGGGAGGCCGCCUUCACCUACGCCAUCAUUGCUGCGGGCGUGGCCCACGCCAUCACGGCCGCCUGUACCCAGGGUAACCUGAGCGACUGUGGCUGUGACAAGGAGAAGCAAGGACAGUACCACCGGGAUGAGGGCUGGAAGUGGGGCGGCUGCUCCGCCGACAUCCGCUAUGGCAUCGGCUUCGCGAAGGUCUUCGUGGAUGCGCGGGAGAUCAAGCAGAAUGCCCGUACGCUCAUGAACCUGCACAACAACGAGGCCGGCCGCAAGAUCCUCGAGGAGAACAUGAAGCUGGAGUGUAAGUGCCAUGGGGUGUCCGGCUCAUGCACCACCAAGACGUGCUGGACCACGCUGCCGCACUUCCGGGAGCUGGGCUUCGUGCUCAAGGACAAGUACAACGAGGCGGUGCACGUGGAGCCCGUGCGCGCCAGCCGCAACAAGCGGCCCACCUUCCUCAAGAUCAAGAAGCCCCUGUCCUACCGCAAGCCCAUGGACACGGACCUGGUGUACAUCGAGAAGUCGCCCAACUACUGCGAGGAGGACCCGGUCACGGGCAGCGUGGGCACCCAGGGCCGCGCCUGCAACAAGACAGCCCCCCAGGCCAGCGGCUGCGACCUCAUGUGCUGCGGCCGCGGCUACAACACCCACCAGUACGCGCGCGUGUGGCAGUGCAACUGCAAGUUCCACUGGUGCUGCUACGUCAAGUGCAACACGUGCAGCGAGCGCACCGAGGUCUACACGUGCAAGUGA